UCGUAGUCCGUCGAGCCACGCAGACAGCAUCAAACGCGGAGUUUGUCCGGCGGGGAAGCUUGGAAGCAAGCAGAACGAACAUGCACUGUAUUGCACUACCCCUCAAGACGCACGGAGAGGCGCGCAAAUGUAGAACACGCGGAGCUUGAAGAUAGUCGUCAGUUUUGUGUAGUUGAAAAUUUUGAGCGAAGGAGUUAUGUUUGAGUUCAAUUUUGAGCGCAUGAGAGGUUGGGCGCGCUGCGGAAGAUUCGACAGGACAGGUUAGGAACGGCAUACUCACGUGGUUAUGUGCUAGGUGGGAGGGAGAGAGGAGAAGAGAGAGGGAGCAGAGGGGAAGAGGGGAAAGAGGGAGGGAGUGGAAGCAUAGUGCUCAGUAAAAGCGGACAGGGAGGCAGUGCAUGGAUGCGGUGAGUCAGGAUAGCGAGGAAGGGUUCAUGAGUGCAUGGAAGCACGAGACAGUGUGGGUAGAAGGCUGGGAAUCUCCUGCCAUGUGCCGAGGCGCAGCAGCGUUGUUGGAGACGACAUGCUCGAGCCCGGCCCCGAGCCUGGCGAGUGUGAGGAGGAAUCGAGGCUGUGCCAGAUCUGGUGGCCGGAGCACAUGCUGCUCAGCGGCAGCGAUCAGGGAGGAAGUAUCUCCACCUCCUGCUCCCAGUUUUGCUCGGGAACUGAGCGUGGCCAGCGGGUUCUCCCUCCGGGUGACGUUGGGCUCAUAGUCGGUUGGAAGCUGCCCCCGGCGGAGUCUUCGUCUGCCCAAAACAGGUCGCAUGUCAUUGUUGCCACUGUCGUGUUCGGAGCUUUUUCCAACCUUGCAGUACUUCAGUGAUGAAUGGGAUGGGUCAGACAGAGGGAGGCAGUCUCUUCCAGGGUUGUACCGUCCUUACCGCAUAUGGGAGUUGUUUGCGACUGUGGUGGUGCGAUGAGGACAGCGGUGAUGGGCUGGUGGUUCCAGUCACAGAGCGUUUCAAUGCAUGGUGCAAAACAGGGGUCGAUGGAGGGAAACAGGGCUCAAUCGCGGGGUCAAUGGCGGGAAACAGGAUGUCAACAGCGGGAAACAGGGUAUCAAUGGCGGGAAACAGGGUAUCAAUGGUGGGGAAACAGUGUCCAUGGCGGGAAAUAGGGUAUCAAUGGUGGGGAAACAGUGUCCAUGGCGGGAAAUAGGGUAUCAAUGGUGGGAACACAGGGUAUCAAUGGCGGGAAACAGGGUGUCCAUGGCGGCAAACAGGGUGUCCAUAGUGAUCAGGCGUUGAAAGGAUGUUUUAAUCGUUGAGGAGAGAUGAUGUUGAGGAUGGGAGGAUGGGGUGAGAAUCGUUAGGUGGCGACGACGGUGGGGAGUGCAAUGGCAAUGUGUUUAUUUAUGAACUCUGCCAACAAUGAUGAAUGGUGUGGGUUAAAUGUAUGCACGCAGUGGCCCUGCAAGAGGCAGGUAGAAGGACGAUUGUGAUAGCCAAGGGUUUUCGUAACGACGAGGAUUUCUACCUACCUAGAACAGCAGUACAUUUAGAAGGAUAUGCGCGUGACGAGUAACAUGUGAAAACACGAUUCUGGUGAUGAUGGUGGCCAGACUGAUGGUCAACAUGACGAUGACGAAGGAGAUGAUGUGUGAGAGGUAGAACAUGAAGACUAGGAUCUAAGAAAGUUGCAAAAAUGAGGAUGACGGGAGGGAUGACAACGAGGCAUCAAGGGAUGAGGAGUAAUUGAGGGAUACAAUAAUUGCGGGAUAACGAGGAUAAUACGUGAGGGAUGGCAAGACAAUAUUUGAGGAAUGUAGUGUUGAAAGUGAUGACGAAAUCAGAUGAUGAAGAGGAUGUGGAGUUGCACUCAUCUUGUUCCAAUUGUCGUGGCUAGCGGUGUAACAGAAAUAGGGAGUCGGUUGUGCUGAUCAGGGUAACGACUGUGAGAAUGAUGGACAUCCAUCCAUCCACCCGUCCAUCCAAUCAGUCAAUCAAUCAUCAUUAUUCAAUCGAUCAAGUGAUCAACCAUACUGCCCAUUGAUCAAUCCAUCAAUCAAUCCAUCAAUCAAUCGAUCAAUCAAUCAAUCAAUCAAUCAAUCGAUCAACCAAUC